AUGGCGGCCGGUGCAAACAAUGAUGAUAGCAACAGCGCUCCUGGUGACCAACUCUCUGUCCUGCCAGAUGAACUUUUACUGCACAUCUUCGAAACACUGGGGCGAUCGUCGAGAAAGAGCUUAUGCAAUGUAUCUCGCUUGAACAAGAAGUACCACAGACUGAGCGAUGCGGUGCUCUACAAGAGCAUUCUUUUCGAGACACCAGAGUUUCACCUCACAUUCAGCGAGUCAUUGAGUCGGCGGCCACGACGCGGAUCCGCUAUUUACGAGGUCAAGCUGUCGUACCCCUCGUCAGAGCUCUCCCAUCUGGCGCUGGAUGCGCCAGUUCACAACUCAUAUCUGGAUCCAACACGUGUCGAUGGUCUCUCACGCACUUUAUCAAUCAUGUCGAAUCUGGAAAAGCUCGACAUCUCCGUACCAGAUGUGCUUCUGCACGGUAUCGGGACACUUUUCAAUGGGCCAUUUGAUCUGGCAUGUCUCAAAACGUGUUCCUUGUUCUACCAGUGUGCCAACGAUGCGUACUGGGAUCUCAGAGAGAACAUACACAUCUUCGCUCACCCCACUUUGGAGACUUUAAUCAUCAGAAGAGCAAAGCUUGAUGAGCGCGGGUUCGACUUUAUCGAACGGCCACACGUCACGGCUCUAAAGAGGUUGCAUCUGGUCGAGUGUGAUAUCAACGAUGACGCACUCGCAGAUGUGCUCGAGUUCCCAGAAGCGCUUGAAGAAUUUGUCAUGACACAGACGGAAGAGCCCGAGCCUGAAUUAGAAGAGAGCUCUGAUAGCUUGAGCGAUUACAUCAUUGCGCUCAAGUCGCAGGCAGAGUUUUUGAAAAGCAUCACCUUCGACUCUCCCACGCUACACAACCGAAAAACGUUGCGACUCCGCGAAUUCGAGGCUUUGAAGACGCUAAGACUCAAUUGGGAUCAUCAGCUAUUUGCAAAGUCGUCAAAGAAACCUCGACUCCACUCAGUCGGCUUUCCGCCCGAAAUGGAGACCUUGGAGUUCUUCAACGAACUUGGCACUGACAGCGAAGUCACUGACUUGUUCGUUGUCGCAAUCGAGAGCAAGGAGAUCAUUGCCAAGACUUGGAAAACCAUGGUGGUGGUGGAAGGCGAUGAAGGCGUUCCCCUAGCGAUCAAAGAGGCAUGCAGGACAGUGGGUUUGCAACUUGACAUCAUCGGAGCAAUGGACACAGAUACAGACACGUACACAGGUACGGACACAGAUGAUGAUACGGACGCGGAGACGGACGAAGAAUAGACCAAAAUAGACCAAGAUGGAAUUGGAGUAGAAAUUAUGCAAUAGAAGCAAUAUCAGC